GUCGUAAUUUGACAUAGUUACGAAUUUCCUCAGUAAGAGGAAAUAAACAUGGCCGAUGUAUUAGAAAUUAUCAGGUGUUCAAACUUUGCAGCGAUAAAACAUAAAGAUCAAAGACGAAAAGACGAGGAAAAGACCCCCUAUAUUAACCAUCCUAUAGGUGUAGCCAACAUAUUAACUGAGGAGGCAGGUAUAGCAGAUAUAGCAGUUAUUCAGGCAGCCCUUCUCCAUGAUACAGUAGAGGACACAGACACUACGUUUGAAGAAAUCCAGGCACUGUUUGGGGAGGAAGUUACAGGCAUUGUCAAAGAAGUGACUGAUGAAAAAAAUUUACCAAAGUUGGUGCGGAAACAAAAACAAAUUGAGCAUGCCCCUCAUGCUAGCUAUAAAGCCAAGCUGGUCAAGCUGGCAGACAAGCUGUACAACCUGCGGGACUUGAACCGCUGUACCCCUGUUGGCUGGUCCCAGGAACGAGUGACCGAGUACUUCCAGUGGGCCCACAAAGUGGUGGAGGGACUAAAGGGGACCAACCAACCAAUGGAGGACAGCCUACAGCAGCUGUUUAAGGAGAGGAAUAUAGUGUAGUCAUAAUAGUCUAUGCAGGGGAAUAUACAGUAGUCUUAAUAGUCUAUGCAGAGGAAUAUACAGUUGUCACUAUUUUUUAUAUAUGAGUAUAAAAGUUGUCUGUUGGCCAGUCAUUUGUUUCAUCUUUUUGUAUAAGACCUGAAGUGUUGGAACUGUUUUGUAUUGUAAUCUUUAAUAUUUUUGGUAUUUACAAGUGAAGAGAUAGUAUUUUUGAUAUCAGUAUUAACUAUUAACCUAUUGGUAACGUACAUUUCGUCAUUUGCCGUAAGACAAAUCACAAGAUAGUGCUUCCAUUUGGAGUAUCUAGCUAACUACAAAACAAUCUGUCUUUCCAAUUUUGUUUUUAGACAUUUCCAUAUGCAUUUUAAAACAGACUGUGGUUGAUAUUAUGAUAUAUCUAUCUUUUUUUUUGCUGAAUUUUCUGUAAAUUUAGGUGGGCUGUCCUUAUUGUUUGAUCAUAGGCUAAACAAAUGAUUCAGAACAAUUACUGUAAACUAACUUUUAUUUUCCGCGAGGUUAGCGAGAGCCUCAUCGGCGCGAUUAUUUCUAGAAAAAUACGGGUUUCGAUAAGGCUAGGUCAUGAACAUUAGUCGUCGCGAACCAGUUUAUCGGAAGUUAAUCACGAAAUAAAGUCGCCGUUAAUAAAAGUUGGUUUACAGUAUUUUCUAAAAAAAAACCAAUAUAUACAUAAACUAAUGUGAUUACUACUAAAUAAGUGCAUGGAUCUAGUCAAGUUUACACAAACAAUGCAAUGGCAGUCUGACCAUCACACCUGUGGGGCAGAUCUCUGUGUAUAUUGUACCACCAGCCUCCCAUUGUAUUGGACAAAGAAAAUUGACUUGUGUUAUUUCAGGAUUCCUUAUUUGUUUCCUCUAUUCCAUGAUGAUAUUUUAUUUUUACUUGUUGACCACUUGUUACAAUCUAUUUUCAAUUUAGAUGUUCUGUUGUGUUUUUUUGUGUGUCUAAUUCUGUGGUAAUAUUAAGCAGCACUUGUUACAUGAACAAACUACAGUAGGAGAUUUCAGAGACCUGUUUAACAACUACUGUUAAGAAUAAUCUUACUACAGCAUUUAACAAUUGACUAUGGUGUUUAGAAACCUAUUUAAGAAAUAAGAUUUAGUUUGUGUAAAAAAUAUAUAAUAAUAAUAAUAAUAUGUACAUCAUGUGUGAAGAAAAAUUAUACUCAAGAUACAUGUAAAAUAUAUCUUUGUUUGUAAAGCAUCUGGCUAUAAAGUAUAAAGUGUGAUACACUUUGCAAUGUAGAGAGAUUUCCAUUGUUAUGCUGACUGUUUUAGGGGGUGGUGUGAGACUUCACUCGAGUCUCAGCCAAACUCAGCACAAAAUCAGAGUAAUAUUUUACCAGUAACUGGUGACUGGUUGGCUAGUCAUCUGGGUGGAGGUGGCUUUGAUCUAUCAGUCGUUUGAAUGAACAAUUAUGAUUUACCUGGUAUGUUCUAGAUUUUAAAUUAAUGAAUUGUUCCGUUUGUUGCCUUUGUUUUCAGGCCUGUAGUUUACAUUGAAAGUGUACAUGGUGUCCUUUUAAGUAGCUUUGUACAUGCUCAUUGUUGUACAAUUAUUAAACUGCUUUUGAACAGGUAAUUAUUAUGGGAGCAAUUUUGAUACAUGUCUAUGUGUACAUAACACUCCUGUAGUAUAGAUUGAGUACUAAGGGGGUCUUUCAUACUGAGGUAAUAAAGUAUUUUCAUAUA